AUGCUAUUAGAUCACCUGGUGAUCAAAAAAAAAAUUCUAGAAGAACUCCUUUCAAAGAAGUCACAACAGAAAUAAAAAAUAACCCCAUUAAAUUACAAGAAAAGGUUGUUUGUUCUGUCAAAAGCAAACAUUUCUUAUGAAUAUGACAAAGGGUAAGAAAGAAAAGGAAGCAAGAGGUGAUCAAUUGAGAUUUAGAACAUCCGAUGUGCUGAGACAAUGAAUCUUGAGGAAUCAACAACACCUCCUGCAAGACAAUACUUUUCAGCCUGUGCUAGAUCUCCUUAUCGUUUAUUUCCUCUGUCUUCAAAAAUGGAAGUGUGGAAGCCUGUGCCGGAGACUAUCACCAGAGAAAUCAGUCCUGAAUGUUGCUGUGCCCAAGGCAACUACAAACCUGAAGGUAAUUCAGCUAUCCAGCUUGUCAGAAGCAAUAAGUACUGUGUAUCACAAGAAAAAUAUUCUGACUGGUGGAAAAUAAUGGAUUGAGAAGGGAAUAAAGGAUUUGUAUCGAGCACUUACUUGAGAAAGCUGUCUCUGAAUGAUGAUAAGCCCAGGGAAAACUCCAGUGUCAGCAAAGAGACACUGGCAGAAGAGCAGAGUAUUGCUAAUCAUAAUUGAUAUGCUGAAAUAUCCUGUGCCCAGUCUGAGCAGCUGCUCUGUCUGAAGGGAAAAGAAGGUGCUUUUAUGAAAGGAACAGUCAAAUUACAUGUGUAUAAAGCCCCUGAGCACAAGUAUUACCUUGCUGAAAAUUACUGUUUUGAAUCAAUUCCCAAACUUAUACACUACCAUCAGCACAAUCUUUAUAAAUAUGUGGCAAGGUUCUGGCAUGCAAUGUCUACAAAAGUAAAUAAAGUCCCAACCACAGCUUCAUCAGGAAAUGGUGAAUGUGGAUUUCUCACCUCUGUUUCCUCAUCCCUCAAAGUCCUAUUUGCUGCUAGGAACUGUUUGGUUGACAGCAAACUUACUGUGAAAGUAUCUGACUUUAAGAUGACUAGGUAUGUUCUGGAUGUUCUGUAUAUAAGUUCUCUAGGAACCAAGUUUCCAGUGAAGUGGUAAGCACACAAAGUUUUUCAGUACACCAAGCUGAGCAACAAGUCAGAUGUAUGGGCCUUUGGUAUCUUAAUGUGGGAGGUGUUCACUUUGAUAAAGCAGCCCUGUGAGCUUUAAUAUAGUAUGCCAGUGACUGAGAAAGUUUCUCAUGGAUACAGAUUUUAUAGAACACAACAGGUUUCAAACACCAUCUACUAGGUAAUGGACAACUGCUGGCAUGAACUACCAGAAAAGCGCCCUGCCUUUUAUCAGCUCUUACCAUUUUUUGAGGCAUUGAGAGAAGGCAACAGAGCUUGA